AAAAUGAAUUCUGGCGCGGUGGAGUGCACGAGGCUCGACGAGGAUUGCCUAGAAAAUUCCGAAGAAUUAUCGCCGCCCGAAAGUAAAAGACUUCGUUUGGAUAAGAAUUGCAAUAACAAUUUGAACAGUACUCUGAACAGUGCAUCUAAAAACAAUGAAAACUGGUCAUGUUCCGGGGACACAAGUCUCGUGGAGCCAGAAAUUUUGGAAGACAUGGGUGUUAGCAUGCUAGAAGAUGAGGCAUCGCAAGAAAGUACAAGAAAGUCUCAAUCCUUGAACGGUCCUAUUUCGCCGGCUGGUCCCAACACCAGCAGACAAUGCGAAACUGUCAAUGCGUUUGAACAUCAACAGAGUAUUUAUAGGGGUUCCAGCUUCGAUACUGUUGUUAUGGAUAGACCAGAGCAAGAUUCGUACGAAUUGGACGAACCGGCAGCUUAUUCGACAGUGGCAAACGAAUCUGGCUAUUCCUCCAGGAUGGAAUUAGAUAAUUUUAUUGAUACUAAAGAAAGUUUUUGUAAAGAUAGUUUGAACGUUUCCUCUGAAAAAAAUAGUCUGGAACAAUUCUACCUCUACAGAAGGAAAAGAAAACCUUCGGUCGUUGGCGAGGAUAAGUUUAACAAAUUGUCGGACGAGAUAAUUUUAAUGAUAUUGAAAUGGCUUCCCAAGAAAUGUUUGGUGCGUUCCAUGUUGGUUUGCAAACGAUGGUGCCAAAUAGCUCGGGACGAAGCAUUAUGGAACAGGCUGGAUUUAGGCAGCAAAGUAUUAAACGAAGGUACAUUGGGUCAUAUAUUGCCGCGAGGCGUUCAAAUACUUCGGCUCGCUCAAGCGGAAAUUUCGGAUGCGGUGUUUCUUGAGAACAGCGAGGUUUUUAUCGAUGGUUACGUUAGUAAAUUACAAUACUUGGAUCUCUCGAUGGCGGUGAUCUCUCCGGAUGGGUUGGCUAUGUUAUUGUCUAUGUGUAAAUAUCUCAAAAAAUUAUCUUUAGAAAAGUGUACAGUAAACAGAUCGUGUUGCAAAGCUAUCGGCGAGAAUACCGAUCUAGAAGUAUUGAAUUUAACGAUGUGCGAGGGUAUGGAUAUCGAAUGCGUCAAGGAUUUAAUGAAACUUAAGAAUUUGAAUGCCGUUAAUAUGGCUUGGUGUAGUUUAGAUACCGAGUCUAUGACGUUACUUUGUAAAUCUUUACCUCUGUCUGUUACACGCUUAAAUAUCGCUGGAUGCAGGAAAACGAUGUCCGACGAUAAUGUCAAGGAUUUAGUAAAAAGUUGUCCGGAUAUGGUAGAAUUAGACUUGAGCGAUUGUACCAUGCUCACGAUGAACACUGUCCGUAACUUGCUAGAUUUAUCGAAAAUAGAGCAUUUGUCGUUGAGUCGUUGCUACGGUAUACCACCGUCUACGUACUUAACGUUAGCGUACAUGCCGUCUUUGCUGUAUUUGGACAUAUUUGGUUUAAUGUCGGAACCGAUAUUGAAAACAUUACAAGUUACCUGUGGCGAGACUCAGCUUAACAAGUUCCUAUAUAGUUCCGUCGCGAGACCGACGGUCGGCGUCCGUAGGACAAGUAUCUGGGGGCUUCGCGUUAGAGAUUAGUAUAGAUACUGUAACGUGUUUUUUUUUUUUUUUUUUUGUAGAGAUAAUGGCAAAGACUAAGUGAAAACCAAAGGGAAACUGGAAUGUACGUAACAUUGUGCCUUUUCGCAAAGUGUCUUCUUAUCAAGAGACUGAUUUUACAAAACUAAAUCAAUGUGCUUUCCGUAUAAUACUAUUUUGUCUUUCUUUUUUUAAUUAAAGGCAUUUAGAUUUCGUUUAUGUGUAAGUGAUUGCUCGGGGAGAGAAAAAAAAAGGUAUUUUCAAGUAAUUAAAUACCGAUGCCUGUCGAUAACAAGUAUUACGAGAACGACACUUUUAUAAUUCAGUAAAUUCGUACGCGUGCCAAAAAUUUAUUACAAAGAGAAUUCCGCUCUUCCGAUCGAAUAAUCCACGAAUAAACAAAUUCAUCCACCCCGUGGGGCUGCGUGAAAAUUUUUUAUGGGCAACUUUUGUUUUCCUUCUUUUCUUUGUUAUAUGUAUAUACAUUACACGAAAUUUGUAUUGUGCUUCUAUGAAAUAGUUUACUUAAAAUCAAAUUGGUAUUUUAUCGCUUGUGAUUUCUCCUGAAG